AUGUUUAAAUCACUGAGAAUAAAAUUCAACAAGGUGAAGCCCACCGAAGAGAACCAUGAGAAUGAGCAUCCUUCUCAUCCCAGCCACCAGUCCCAACAAUCCCCAGGACAGGGAGAAAACAAAAAUGAAGAAAUAUCUCUGAAAACCAAGGGGACUCCAAUCACAUCUGAAGAGCCACACACCAAAACACAAGAUAAAGACUGCCAGAAAAAUUCCUCCAGAGAUUUGACCACAAAGCCUGAUCCUCAAAGUUCAAUGGAACCAACCAGAACAAAGUCGGAGCAGAAGGAAAUAGGGACUGAGAAUGAAGAAGCAAUCAGUCCAAAGAGCAAAUCACCUGAAGCCCCUAUUAUAAAUGAAUACGUUGAUGCCCAGCUACACAACCUGGUGCAAAGGAUGCGUCAAAGAACAGCCGUGUACAAGAGAAAGCUGAUAGAUGGAGAACUAUCCUCGCCUGAAGCCAGUCCACAAACUGCAAAGCCCACAGCUGUAGCAGCAACACAAGAAAGUGAUUCUAAGCUAAAAAAAGAGGAUUACCAUGUCAUGUCGAGUUGGAAAUUCUGGAAGGUGCCUCUUUCAGAAAGCCUGAAGAGAAUUAGACGUCCAGGAAGUAUAGAUUCACACACAGAUCGACUCUAUCUUCUGUGGCUCUUACUUAUCACCAUUGCUUUUAACUGGAACUGCUGGUUUAUCCCACUGCGCCUAGUCUUUCCAUAUCAAACACCAGACAACACACUCUACUGGCUUAUUACGGACAUCAUGUGUGACAUCAUCUACCUCUCCGAUAUGCUGUUUUUCCAACCCAGACUCCAGUUUGUAAAAGGAGGAGAAAUAAUAGUGGACCCAAAUGAGCUGAAGAAACACUACAGGAAUUCUAUGAAAUAUCAGUUGGAUGUCGCAUCAGUAAUCCCUUUUGAUGUUCUCUAUUUCUUCUUUGGGUUUAAUCCAAUAUUUAGAGCAAAUAGGGUAUUAAAGUACACUUCAUUUUUUCAGUUUAAUCAUCACCUAGAGUCUAUAAUGGACAAAGCAUAUAUCUACAGAGUCAUUCGAACCACUGGGUACUUGUUGUUUAUUCUGCACAUUAAUGCCUGUAUUUAUUACUGGGCUUCAAGCUAUGAAGGAAUUGGCACAACUAGAUGGGUAUACAAUGGUGAAGGAAACAAGUAUCUGAGAUGUUAUUAUUGGGCAGUUCGAACUUUAAUUACCAUUGGGGGCCUCCCAGAGCCACAAACUACAUUUGAAAUUAUUUUCCAACUUUUGAAUUUUUUUUCUGGAGUUUUUGUGUUCUCCAGCUUAAUUGGUCAGAUGAGAGAUGUAAUCGGGGCAGCCACAGCCAAUCAGAACAAUUUCCGUGCCAGCAUGGAUAAUACCACUGCCUACAUGAACACUUACUCCAUUCCUCAAAUUGUACAGACUCGAGUUCGGACUUGGUUUGAAUAUACAUGGGACUCUCAAAGAAUGCUUGAUGAGUCUGAAUUGCUUGAGACCCUGCCGACUACAAUGCAGUUAUCACUCGCCAUUGAUAUGAACUUCAGCAUCAUCAGCAAAGUUGAAUUGUUUAAGAAUUGUGACAACCAGAUGAUUUAUGACAUGUUGCUAAGAUUGAAAUCCACUAUCUAUUUACCUGGCGACUUUGUCUGCAAAAAGGGAGAAAUUGGUAAAGAAAUGUAUAUCAUUAAGCAAGGAGAAGUCCAAGUCCUUGGAGGCCCUGAUGGUGCUCAAGUUCUGGUUACUCUAAAAGCUGGAGCAGUGUUUGGAGAAAUCAGCCUUCUGGCAGCAGGAGGAGGAAACCGUCGAACUGCCAAUGUGGUGGCCCAUGGGUUUGCCAAUCUUCUAACUCUGGACAAAAAGACCCUCCAAGAAAUUCUAGUACAUUAUCCAGAUUCUGAAAAGCUCCUCAUGAAGAAAGCUAGAGUGCUUCUAAAGCAGAAGGGUGCGACCAAAGAAGCAACCCCUCCAAGAAAAGGACUUGCCUUUCUCUUUCAACCAAAAGAAAAGACACCAAAAAUGUUUAGAGCUCUCCUGGGAGGGACAGGAGAUCUUGGAAGACUGCUCAGACUGAAGAGAGAACAAGCAGCUCAGGAAAAAUGUGAAAACUCCAAAGAAGAAGAGGAUAAAGAGAAAGAACACGAAGAUAAAGGAAGAGAAUCAACUGAGAAAACACCGGACAAAUCCAAAUGUAAAGAAAGUUCUAUUCCAGCCGAGGAAAUGCCCCCCUCAGUUGAAAGGGCAGUUUUACCCAGAGGAACUUCUCAUCAGUCACUCAUCAUCAGCAUGGCUCCUUCAGCUGAGGCAGGAGAAGAGGUCCUGACUAUUGAAGUCAAAGAAAAGACUAAGGAAUAG